GCAGAACUCUCAUUAAUCUCAUUACGUGCACAACUGUCUCAACAUGUCCACAGGGAACAUUUCCUUUGCCGACAAGGUCGUACUUGUCACCGGAUCCAGCUCCGGGAUGGGAUAUCAAAUGACCUUGGCGUUUGCAAAGCUAGGGGCGAAAGUGGUGAUCCAAGGACGGGAUUCGAACAAGAUGGCAGCCGCAGCCUCGCAAGUGGCUGCUGUAUCGCCCAAACACUACACUCCCUUGCAGGUCAAGGCGGAUGUGGGGUCCGACGCUGACCUUCAACACUUGGUAGAUUCCGUUAUUCGAGAAUACGGCCAGCUCGACGUUCUUGUAAACAAUGCUGGAAUAAUCGCCAUGAGCCCCAUCGAUGAUCCCGACCUCAUGAAAAAAUUUGACGAACAGAUCAAGAUUAAUGUCCGUGCGCCUGUCUUCCUCUCUUCACUGGUGACACCACAUCUCAUGAGAACUAGAGGAAACAUUGUCAACAUUUCCAGUGGAAUUGGAAUGAGGGCUUUUCCGGGGGCAAUAGGAUACAGUGUAUCAAAAUGGGCCGUGAUUAUGGUGUCGGAAGCCCUUGCGUUGGAACUGGGCCCGAAAGGGAUUCGAGUCAACACGAUUAAUCCUGGAUUUAUUGAGAAUCAGGCGUGGCAUGAUAAGGCCGGUUAUGGUCCCGAGGUUGGAAUUGCAUUUAAAAAAGGAAACCCACUCGGGAGAAAUGGAAGAAUUGAAGACAUUGUGAACAUGGUCAUUUUCCUUGCUUCGGAUGCGGCCUCAUAUGUCAAUGGGGUCGCAAUUCCCGUUGACGGCGGUAUAACAAAGACCAUUCAGGGAACUAACUUGUAAAGACUAACAAUCUUAUGUACAGGUUCUGUAAAAUGCAACUUUUAAGAAUACAGAUGUAUUAAAGAAUUGUGCAUCGUCCAAUA